AUGGCGGCACCCAACAACAACACCUUGCUCUGCUGCGUUCUCUUCUUCAUCACCAUCGCCGUGCCUGCAGCUCACUCCGCCGUCGAUCAGUUCACCUUCAACGGAUUCAGCGGAGCUGAUGAUGGGGAAAUCCUCGUCGACGACCGAGUCUCAAUUCUGAAACCCGGUGGCGCGCUGCGGCUUACCUCCACACGAACCAAAAACGCCAUAGGCCACGCCUUCCACACCCGACCUAUUCGCAUGCUCAACCGAACCUCCCCUUUCCCUUCUUCCACUUCCUUCGCCACGACUUUCGUCUUCUCGAUCAUUUCUCCGGCCGCCGGCAAAGGCGGAUUCGGCCUCGCAUUCGUCCUCGCCCCCUCCCCUGAAUUCCCCGGCGCCGCCGCCGACCACUACCUUGGCCUCUUCAACUCGACAACCAACGACGGCGACCCGUCCAACCACGUCUUCGCCAUCGAAUUCGACACCGUCAACGGGGUCAACGACACCAGAGACACCGACGGCAACCACGUCGGCAUCAACGUCAACAGCAUGAACUCCAGAAACGCCUCCUCCGCCUACUUCGUCGACGACGGGAAUCAACGACAAGAGGUGAUCCUCCAGAGCGGGGAUCCAAUUCAAGCUUGGGUGGAAUACGACGCCGUUCUCAAGCGCGUCGACGUAACCGUCUCCCCCGCCGGCAAUCGCAAGCCAAUCGCUCCCCUGCUUUCCGAAUCCCUGGAUCUAACCCCCGUCGUCAGGGAGCUCAUGUACGCCGGCUUCUCGGCGUCCACCGGCGGGGAGAAAGCGAGCGCACACUACAUUCUCGGAUGGAGCUUCUCGACGGAUGGAAACCCAGCCCCGCCGCUCAACAUCUCCCUGCUCCCCUCGCCGCCGCCGGCGGAGAAAUCCCCGUCCCCGCGUUUCGCACCCUCGGUAAUCGCUCUCAUAUCUGCUCUCUGCGCCGUCACCGUUGUUCUUUUGGGGGUGCUGAUUUUCGCUACUCUGUACAAAAGAGUAACGAUGCGAUUCGAAGCCCUCGAGGAUUGGGAAUUGGAGUGCCCUCACAGAUUUCGCUACCGAGAUCUGUAUUCCGGAACAAGAGGAUUCAGCGACAGCGAGAUGAUCGGGAUAGGCGGAUUCGGCGCAGUCUACCGAGCGAUUAUCCCCAAUUCCGGAUCUCUACUCGCCGUGAAGAAGAUAACCCCCAAUUCGAUCCAAGGGAUUAGGGAAUUCGCGGCGGAGAUCGAGAGUCUGGGGAGAUUGCGGCACAAGAACUUGGUGAACCUUCAAGGUUGGUGUAAGCAAAGGAGCGAUCUCCUUCUCGUCUACGAUUACAUUCCGAACGGGAGCCUGGAUUUCUUCCUCUACGGCGGGCAGCGAGGUUUGAGCUGGGAGCAGAGGUUUAGGGUUUUGAAAGGGAUUGCCGCGGGGUUGCUUUACCUGCACGAGGAAUGGGAGCAGGUUGUGAUCCACAGGGACGUCAAGUCCAGCAACGUGUUGAUCGACGGCGAGAUGAACGGCCGCCUCGGGGACUUCGGGCUCGCCAGGCUGUACAGCCACGGAACGGCGGCGUCGCACACGACCAAUGUCGUCGGGACGGUCGGGUACAUCGCCCCCGAAUUGGCCCGAACAGGGAAGGCGUCGACCCGGUCCGACGUGUUCGCGUUUGGGGUUCUGCUGCUGGAAACGGCGAGUGGGCGGAGGCCGAUUGGCGACGGCGACGGAGACUUUAUACUGGUGGACUGGGUGACGGAGUGCCUGCAAAUGGGGAGUGUUCUGGACUCGGCCGAUGCACGGCUGGAGCGGCGGUAUGUGGCAGAGGAGAUGGAGAUGGUUCUAGGGUUGGGGCUCAUUUGCUCGCACCAAAGGCAGGAGUCGAGACCCACGAUGAGACAAGUGGUGAGGUAUCUGAAUUGCGAAGACCAGCUUCCAACUGUCGACCGGCGUGGGUACACCGAUGACGACGCUCUUGGAAGUGCUCGCCGGGCGAACUCAAGAUUGUUGGAGGUGGUGAUGUCCACUCCGCCUGAUCUUGGCUCAGCUGACAUGUAUAGCUCUUCAUCUAUCAGCGGUGGAUCGACUAGCUCUAUUUACAAUGGCAGAUAG